AUGGAUAACUUCUUGCCUGGAUCCGCAAGUCUGGUUGAUUGCGUUGACAAGAAGCUGUUUGUCAUGUUACGAGACGGUAGAAAAUUAUAUGGAAUAUUACGAGCAUACGAUCAAUUUGCCAAUCUGGUGCUGCAGGAUACUGUGGAAAGAGCAUACACUGCUGAUGCUUAUGGAGAUGAAGCAAGAGGAGUAUAUGUUAUAAGAGGUGAAAACGUCGUAUUGCUGGGAGAAGUGGAUCUGAGUAGAGAAGAUGCCACUACUGCUGGGCUACGGCAUAUAUCAUUUAGGGAGGUCAUGGAGAACAUAAAGGCAGAGACAGAAGCAAACAAGAAGAAUGAACAUACGAAACAGAAAAUGUUGCAUGAAGCAGGAUUUUCGACUGUUGAUACAGAUCUGCAUGAUGCGUAUUAA